ACAUUUCGUGUACGCGGUGUACCUCGCGGCUGGAGUGAAGAUGACUUGCAGUCUUUCUUGAAAGAGAAAACCUCUUCUGAACCAGAUAUUGGGUCUUUGGCCACCGAGGUUCAUCGACGCACGCAAACAGCGACACUAACUUUUCAAAACCAUUCCUCUCAGCUGCAAGAGAUCCUAGCUGUGAAAAAAUUGAAAAUAACUUCGCAAUCAUUGCCUAAGCAGUCCACUAGAUCAUCGAGCCUAGUGUUUGAUUGUGAUUUCAAUGGCAUCACGACAUUGUAUGCACCAUCCUUGCAAGAUCAUCGUAUUGAUCUUAUGGCAAUUUCUGGCCUCGGCGGACACGCGUUCGGAUCCUUCAAAGAGCGAGGUGGAGAGCACAUGUGGCUACGAGAUGCGCUCCCAUAUGAUAUAACUGGAGAAGAUGGCGAUGAUCCUGAUGUACCCAUCUCGCGCAUCAUGAUAUACGGCUAUGAGUCUAGUCUUCAAGACAGUGACAGUUUCCAGAAUCUGGAAGAUAUUGGGACCUCGUUCCAUUCAUCUCUUCGAAGUAUGGCGAUUGCCGGUUCAUUCCGACCGAUCAUACUCGUUGCUCAUAGCCUAGGUGGGCUCAUUGUCAAAGAAGUUGGAGACUUUACUUACAUAUGGCAGACUCUCAUAUCACUCUCCAACUCAGACGAUGAGGAAGACCAAAAGUUGUUACGAGCAGUGUACGGAAUCGCCUUUUUUGGUGUACCACACGACGGCAUGGAUAUCCAGUCCCUUAUAUCCAUUGUUGGCAACGGGCCAAACCGCUUUUUACUAGAGUCUAUCGGGAAUCACGGCUCACAGAUCCUCAGUAUCUACCAACGAGAAUUUCCAAAAACACUAGGAGGCCGAGGAGAGUCCAAGGUUAUUUGUUUCUACGAAACGCUCAAAUCCCCAACUGCUAAGAAGGAUGAAACAGACAAAUGGAAAAUGACAGGGCCAGUCGCCGUCUUAGUAUCAAAGUCGUCUGCCACGCAUUGUCGCCCGUGGGAAAAUGGGCAACAAUAUAUCUGCGCUAUCAACCGAACUCACUCGGAAAUGGUCAAGUUCAGCUCAGAAGACAGCGAGUAUGAAAAAGUUCUCGGGCGACUACAAAGCCUUGUCCGGGAGGCA